AUGCCAAUAAAACCGGGACCAGCAGCUAAAAGGGAUCUCGAAGCCGACUCAUACGACAUUUCCAUCCACACAGCAGCCACAAUACCCGACACGGAGCUAACCUCUUGCUUCAAGCUGCUGGAGCUUACGUCUUCAAAUGCCUAUAAGAACUCUAGUAUAGGCUGGUCGUCCUCUGAAAAGAGAAAGGAGAUGAAACUUCCCGACAUGAAGUAUAUGAUCCUGCGGCGGGGUGCAUCAAGUAGCGUUCAAGAUACCAAGGGCGAUAGCUCGAGCUCAAUAUUAACCGGGCAAUUCGCCGGGUUUCUCGAGUUUAUGGUUACAUACGAAGAUGGGUAUGAGGUGUUAUAUUGCUAUGAGAUUCAUCUCACGCCUGAGGUACAGGGGCAGGGAUUAGGAGAGGAGUUGAUCGAGCGAUUUGAGAAGAUAGGUCGGCGCGUUGGGCUUGAGAAGGCGAUGUUGACUGUUUUCAAGUCGAAUAGUCGGGCAAUUAAGUUCUACUCGAGGAUGGGGUAUGCGGAGGAUGAGAAUUCUCCGAGGCCGCGGAAACUACGAAAUGGGACGGUAAAAGAGGCUGACUAUAUGAUUAUGUCCAAAAGCUUGCGCUAG